AAUGGAAGGAGGGGUGGGGUGAGACACGGAGUACUGGAAGGAGGUUUCAUUAAUAGACUCGGGAUACAUUGGAGGAAUAGCAGGAGAGGCAUGGCUAACAUGGUUGAUGAAGCCAGGUGAGGGAAAUGGGGUAAAGCCAGGAGGUCCGUGGUGGCAUGGGUGGUUUGGAGGCAGCGCUUACCCUUGUUGGGGCCGUUGCGGAUGAGAUACUGACACGGGGAGAAGCCGCCGGUGCUGUUGGAACCACUGCUACCCCCGCGUCCUCCACUGCGCCCCCCGCCACGUCCACCACCCGAUCGUCCCGCCGAAGUACCGCCACGGCCAGCACCACGUCCUCCUUUUGCUUGGGCAGCAUGAGCCGUUGGAGGAGACUGGCGGAGAAGCUCCGCUUCAGUUUUCAGAAUCCAUGCGGCUACAUAGGCGGAGUCGGGUGGGAAGCUGGCGUGGACCUCAUUGAACGCCACGCGACGGGCCUCAUACAUGGAACUCGGGAGCGGAGGAGGGGGUAAUUUCGCGUUUGAGGGAGGAAGAAACGCAUGCAGACAGGAUAGCGAGACAUUUGCGGUUGGCAACGUUCCAGGCAGAGUGGCGACGACGGUAC